AUGUCGGACGAAAUUACACUCAUUUGCAUUCUCGCUGGAGAGUCUACAGCAUUCCCUGUGGACAUCAAUCCCCAGAAGACUAUCGGCCAUCUCAAGGAUGCAAUCAAGGAGGAAAAGUCUAGAUUAGGCGAUAUUGCCGCAAAUCAGCUCAAUCUUUACCAUGAGAGAUCAAAGGAGCCAGAGGAGUUAGACGACUUGACUAGUGAGAUUUCUGAAGGUUUUGGAACGGCACCACCAAAGAAAACCAUUCACGCCAUUAUUCAGCGACCAUCGGCAGCUAAGAUAAGGAUCGACUCAGUAUCAGUACAACACCAGGUUACUCACCCGAUUUUUCGACAUGAGUUCUACAAUCGCAAGGAGCUUACCGAAGAGUUGAUUGACGCCGCCGCCACAUGCAACUACAGAAGUCGUGGCGUGAUUUCACAAGCAAAUCAUACGAUGGUUCUGAUUCCAGGUGUCGGGAUAGGGAAAUCGUGUGCUGGUUGGGAAUCACGUCGCUUGUUACAUCCUGGUCUGUUCGAAGGAUCAAUGAAUCUCAAUCUGGAUAAGCUUACCGUUGAAGGCUUCAAUAUCGAUAUUGAUCGAGUGAUCAAGAUUCUCGAGUUACACUCACUAGAGCACGGCCAUGCUCUUAAGGCGAUUAUAAUCCACAUGGAUGAAUACCAGCUCUAUAUUGACUGUCUCCAACAAUACAAUCAUUGGAGCUGGAGCAUGGCCCGCAAUGAGCUCAAACAAAUGUUGAAACAGAUCGGGAAUGUGAUGCGCAAGGUUCAAAGCGACCACCAGCUCCUCAUCCCCCCAAUAUGUACUGGGACGUCUGCGCAGGACAUGCAUUUUUUGGCUACGGAAUAUGGAAAAGUAAUGAUUCCACUCGAACCACUGGAUCUUACUACUGCAAAGUCCAUGUUUUGUGAUAAAUUCCAAUACAACUGCGACAAAGUAAUGAUGACUGAGAGAAACUCUCGUACUGUAGAGAGCCUUGAGAAAUUGAAUCCUGGAAUACCAUAUGCGACCUUUUCUUCAGAUGUAGUUCUUCAGCAUUCCAAAGGCCUAUGCGACUAUGUGUGGAAUCAGCCUCAUUUUAAAAUAUCUUUAGCUGACACUGGAUACAUUCCUGGAUUUAUCGAUUUUCUCCUAUCAGUGGAUUAUCUCUUAACGAUCUAUGACUGGGAGAAGGCUGUUGAGCGGGAAUUCAAGUUAUCAAGAGGAAGAACCAUCGGGGAUGGUGAACGAGAUGGUAUCACUCACCUAAGGCAGGAUACAAGGGAUGAAAAUCUCAAUUGUGUCACUGUGCCCUUCAUUUAUUUGCAGGUCCUUAAUAGAUUACUCUCGCCUUCUAUCCUGCCAGCUGAUGCCCUUUCACCGCCAACAGCAGACCGAAAAAAUCACUGGCAAGAAUAUGAGAGUCUCCAUGGUUAUUAUCAGAUGGCUCUUGAUACUGUAGGCAAUGCUCGACCCCUGAAUAUAUCACCACAAAAUUGGCAGUACCUCUCAGACGUAUUUCGUGGAGCAAAAGGGGAUAAAAGUCUUCAAAGAAAGAUACAGCUUCGCAAGCUUGAUGUCUUUGUCGAGAAGAACAAGUCCCUUGAACUAUCAACAAGUGUUGCAGAAUUCGAGACGUCUGUUGUAUACCAGGACCAUAUUUCUCGGGAGUUGUAUGAUGCCGACAACACCUUCAGUAAAGGUGAAAUCAAGACAUGGUAUGAUAUAACACUCAAAUCAGUCAGGAACUACUCGAAGAGGCAUUAUGAAGCUCAAGGAACUAGAGCUGAUGGAGGUUUCACGAUUUACAACCAACUGAGCCCCAAGGCCUAG